CUUCCUGCCCUACCCCCAGUUAUAUGAUGACUCGAACCAUGGAACCGCUGGCAAGGAAGAUCUUUAAAGGAGUUUUAGCAGCUGAACUUGUGGGUGUUUUUGGAGCUUAUUUUUUGUUUAAAAAGAUGAACUCGAGUCAAGAUUUCAGGCAAACAAUGAGCAAGACAUUUCCCUUCAUCUUGGAAGUUUAUUACAAAUCCAUUGAACAGUCUGGAAUGUAUGGAGUGAGAGAGAAAGAUCAAGAAAAGUGGCUGGAUAGCAAGAAUUAAGGCCAAUCGUCACGCUCGGCUUCCCACUUGAGCUGUUUGAAGCCUUGGAGGGGAGAUGACAGAUGAGUCUCUGCCACUGUGGGCCACUCCCACAGGCAGGCCUCCGCAGCGGGACUGCAUCUUAGGGCCGCAUGGCCUGUGCUCUCCCACCCCACCCUCCCCCGCUGUGUAAACCUGCUGCUGGGUGCUCUCCUGUGUUUUCUAAUAUGAGUAUUGGACAAAUGAAACAGUAUGGAAGGGCUUAUACUGAAAAGAUUUUUCUUUUCUAUUUUUAUGAAAAAAUAGAAAUUAAUAACAUCAGAAAUUUAAAAAUGUCUUCAAGCAUGUAAGAAUAAACCUUUAGCCAAGUCAAAAUAAAAGACUGACUCUCCAAGAAAAAAAAAUGUUUUGAGUCUGUAGUCUAUUUGUGUGGUUUAAAUGUCUUGCUACGUGACAAGCAAGUUUCCUGCCACUUAGGGACAUCCACAGGGAAAUACCUAUUAAAACGCUUGACUGACAAACUCAAAGGCAACCUGGUAGUGUAACUUGUAAUCCUAUUGCUUGCAAGGUGGAGAAUCAAGCUCUCAAGGCCAGCCUGAGCUACUGAGUGAGUUUAAGGAAGCCUGGGUCACACAACACCCGACGGGGUGGGGGCGUGGGGAGACAAUUUACUUACUUGCAUUAUCUCUGUUAGCCAUGGCGUUCAUGCCAAUAUUAUCAAACUUGGAUCCCAUGUUUUCAUCCAACAGAUGGCCAAACUUAA